UCAUCCUUCAAAAACAUACCAUGAUUAACAUUUAAACUACUGGGAAAAUACUAAGUUCCCAACAGACAACAAAGGCACUGUCAACUGAAAUGUCACUUCACAGCUACCUUUUUUCUAUAUCAUCUACACCACCGAGUCAGAGAUAAGACUUAUUCAGCCUCUCUGGAAACCCACUUGACAUACAAAAAAGUGUGACUGUCCACUUGAGCCACAGAUUCCUCAUGCAAUAUCUGCUCCUGUUGAUGUAUUCGAAGCGCAGCAAUGAUUGACGGGAAAACGUGUAUCUCAUUCAGUAAUAGGGCGAAAUGUCUUCUUUUUCCUCUAGAGAUAUUGGAGACUCAUGAAAACUCCAGCCUGCUGAGAGGCUGGGGCCGGUCUGAGGAGGACCGGGACUGAAGCCAGGCGUCCUGUCCCGCUCUCCUUGUGCCCUCAGCCAUCAUGACGGGGCGGAGCAACGGCACCUACAAUGAGUCCUACACCAGCUUCCUCCUGGUGGGCUUCCCGGGCCUUCAGGAAGCCAGGGCCCUCCUGGUGCUGCCCUUCCUCAGCCUCUACCUGCUGAUCCUCUUCACCAACGCCCUGGUCAUCCACACGGUGGCGUCCCAGCGGAGCCUGCACCAGCCCAUGUACCUGCUCAUCGCCCUGCUCCUGGCUGUCAACGUCUGCGCCGCCACCACCGUGCUGCCCGCCAUGCUGUUCAGCUUCUCCACACGCUUCAACCGCAUCUCGCUCCCUCGGUGCCUGGGACAGAUGUUCUGCAUCUACUUCCUCAUUGUCUUGGACUGCAACAUCCUCCUGGUCAUGGCCCUGGAUCGCUACGUGGCUAUCUGCUACCCUCUCCGCUACCCAGAGAUAGUGACAGGGCGGCUGCUGGCUGGUCUGGGGGCCCUGGCAGUCACCAGGAGCACGUGCAUCGUGGCCCCAGUGGUGGUGCUGGCCUCCCGGGUGCGCUUCUGCCGCUCUGCUGUGAUCCACCACUUUGCCUGUGAGCACAUGGCCCUGAUGAAGCUCUCCUGUGGAGACAUCUCACUCAACAAGACCGUGGGGCUCACUGUUCGCAUCUUCAACAGGGUCCUGGACAUGCUCCUGCUGGGGGCCUCCUACUCCCGCAUCAUCCACGCUGCCUUCAGGAUCUCCUCAGGUGGGGCUCGCUCCAAGGCCCUCAACACCUGUGGCUCCCACCUGCUGGUCAUCCUCACGGUCUACUCCUCCACCAUGUCCUCCUCCAUUGUCUACCGUGUGGCCCGCACCGCCUCCCAAGACGUGCACAACCUGCUCAGUGCCUUCUACCUGCUGCUCCCGUGCCUGGUCAACCCCAUCAUCUAUGGGGCCAGGACCAAGGAAAUCAGGCAGCACCUGCUGGCUCUGUUCCAAAGGACUCAGGUCUCCACAGAGAAGCCCCAGUCCCUGCCCUCGCACAGAGAGCUUCCUGGCUGAUUGUCUAGGAUCUGUGGGUCCCAAAUUCACUCUCACUGUUCUGUGAAGGAGGGGCAUUCAUGUGAGUGAACCAUCUCUAGUCUAUUUUGUUUUGGCUACCGUCGUUAUCUUCUUGUGAUAAAGUUCCAUUCCAUAACCCCAGCUCUCUAGAAGUCCCUAAGCAAGCCAAGAUGACCUGGAACUAAGCGGCUCUCCUUUCUUAACUUGCCAAAGGCUAGCAUUAGAGGCAUGAGCCAGGUGCCCGGCUUCUCUGCAUUCAUCUUUGAGAGUCUUGUGUCCACAUACUCACUCUGAACUACAAACAGAAAGCAAGCUCCGUCCCUGGCUGGAACUUCUCUCCCCUUCCCUCGGCAUAUGCUUUACUCAUUUGUUUAUUUAUACAUCCAUAACGUAUUU